AUGUGCUUAGUCAGUACUGCGGUUGUUCAACCGCGUUUCUACCACGUCGUUUUACUCGAUGGAUACAAAGCACUCGGCAAACUUUUCGCCCAGAGGGGCCCACGUCGAUACGACCCAUCCGGAUAUUAUCUUAUUGUAAUCAGUGAACCUGAUCCACCCGAUGGUACCGUAGAAAAUAUUCUGAUCCACCUAUGGAAACUGCAGCUAGUGAAUGUCAACGUAAUCCUGGAGCGCAGUGGUCACAUCUUGGUGUACAUUUACUUUCCGUACCGGGAAGGUCAGUGUCGAAGGAUACGGCCGAAAUUGUUGUUCAACCUGACCACCACCGAAUGGGAUUUCAGCCAAAUGGUAUUUUACUGGAAUCGUCUGAGAAACUUCCACGGUUGUACACUUUUCGGAGGUACUUUCGAAGCGAAACCGUAUACGAUCUACCGCGAUAUGCGAUCGGACGGGAGUUUUCAAGUCAGUGGAUUCGAGGGAGACCUGAUGCAAGUGCUCGCGGAUAAACUGAACUUUACCUUACAUUGGAAGAAUUCUCCCGGACAGUGGGGAUUCGCUCGACCGAUGGGCAACAGUACCGGCCUGAUGAAGAUGGCUCAGGAAGAGGAGGUCGAUUUCGCCAUCGGGUGUUUGGCCAUGGAUCCGGAUCGGUAUCGCUAUCUCAAGGCCGGAAUAUCCCACUACACCAGUAGGAUUCUGUUUGCAGUUCCACAUGGGCGUCCGUACACGGCGUUCGAGAAACUGUUCGGUCCGUUUCAAAAAUCGGUCCUGGAGAUGGUAGCCUUCGUUCUGAUCAUGGCGGGCUUGGUCACCCUGGCCUUGAGUUUCACUAACCGAACCGUUCGAGCUUUCGUGUACGGAAGGGGCGUGUCAGCUCCGUUCCUGAACGCUGUGGCACUUUUAUACGGAGGAUCGAUUCCGCGCCCCCCCGUCAGGAACUUUGCCCGAACAUUGUUUCUACUUUGGGUCAUUUAUUGCUUCAUAAUCGGUAGCCUCUAUCAGGGUUCACUGUUCCGAUAUCUCCAGAAACCUAUGCAAUAUCCCCCGCUAAAGACGAUGGCCGAAAUUGAUCGUUCUGGGCUGUGGUAUUACAUGGUCGACAUCGGAACGCGAUUUUUCGUCCACAAUCCCAACAUCGUCCGCCGAACGAUCAUCAUCCCUCCGGGCAAGGACAGCUUGGGUAACAAGGUCGCCCAACUCGGCCUGGGGCUCACGGAUGGCGUGAUCCUGAGUCCGAUGGAUCUGGUGGCGUACAACAAUCGAGUUAAUCCAAGAAGCCGCUUCGUUCACAUCGCCAGGGAACACGUGUCGGUCUUCCCGGUGGGGCUGUACUAUCCCAAGAGGUCCAUCUUGCGAGAUGUGUUCGACCAACAGGUGCGGAUGAUUGUACCAUCCGGACUGGUAGGCGAUUGGGUUAAACGGUACGGUGAUUAUGAAUUUUUCUCGCGCCCAAAGGAAAAAUCCGAACCGAGCCAGCUGAGCACUCGGCAUCUGGCUGGGUGCUUUCAGCUGUACGGGUGCUUUAUCGGGGUCAGCUUGGUGGUGUUUUUGCUGGAACUGGUUUCACCGAGAUUUGCGGCACUGCAAGCCAUGUUGCGACAUUUAAUUGAGCCCUAA